AUGGCGCCCAAAUCUAUACUCAAGAAGCCCAACGCGUCGUCUUCGGCGCGCAAAGCGCCUCUCGCAGGCAAUAAGCGAGCAGAGGCAUCCACGGCGGGACCAUCGAAACCGAGAGGAGAGGGAAAUGGGAAGCCGUCGGGAUCUAAGAAGCCGAAGCAGUCCAUCUCGAUCGCGCAGAAGAGUGGAAAGGGAAAGGGCCCGGCUGGGAAGGUGGUGAAGAAGGUGGUCAGGGAAGACGAUGAUGAUGACGAAGAUGGAGAUGAGGACGAAGAUAUGGAGGACGAUGAUGAUGAGGACGAAGUAGGAACCGAUGAGGAGAUUCAGAGGGCGCAAGGUAAAGGCGGGAAAGUCAAGCCUGCUGUCAAACGGAAACGGCCCACCACGGCGGAUGAGUUCGGAUCAGCCCUGACGUCCCUUCUGAGCGAAUCCACCAAGCCCAAGGAUAAAAAAGCCAUCACUGCUUCCACACCCCUCUCCGCCCUCCCUACCGCCCCAGAACCCAAAGCCAAAAAGGCCAAAACGACCGUCCAGCCCAUUUUGUCCCUUUCGCGAGCCAAACUUCCGCCAACAGCAACCACCGAGAAGCUGGAACGGCAGGCCGCGCGAGCGGUCAAGCGCGAAAAGGAGGAGAAGGAGGAUCGAGCGCGGGUGCGCGAUGUCGUAGAGGGGUGGAGUCAUGCGGGACCGGGAGAGGGGGAGGUUAUUGGUGGUUUGGAGUUUGAGAAGGGGCUCAGGAAGACUGCACAGCGUGGUGUCAUCAAGCUGUUCAACGCCAUUCUGACUGCUUCACGCAAUGACGAGACGCUAGCGGCGGACGACCCAGCGUCGGUGAUUGCCAAGUCGGCGGCGGCGGCGGGUGUGAAGGGAUACGGGAAGAAGGAUAAGGGCAACAUCAUGGGUCGAGGGGGUAAGGAGGAGUUGACGAAAGAGGGGUUCUUGGAGCUUGUCAAGAAGGGCGCGGGGAGAUAG